CUAACUGCCACCAUCAGGAGAGACAGACUGAGUAUCCUCCAAACACAGCUGACCGGAAACCAUGAACACCACGGUGAUACAGGGCUUCAACGGGUCUGAGCGGUGUCCCAGAGACACGCGGAUAGUGCAGCUGGUGUUCCCAGCCCUCUAUGUGGUGGUUUUCUUCACUGGCAUCCUGCUGAACACUUUGGCCCUGUGGGUGUUUGUUCACAUCCCCAGCUCCUCCACCUUCAUCGUCUACCUCAAAAACACUUUGGUGGCCGACUUGAUAAUGACACUCACGCUUCCUUUCAAAAUCCUCUCCGACUCACGUCUCGGACCCUGGCAACUCAGAGCUUUCGUGUGCCGCUUCUCUUCAGUGAUCUUUUAUGAGACCAUGUAUGUGGGCAUCAUGCUGCUAGGCCUCAUAGCCUUUGACAGAUUCCUCAAGAUCAUCAGACCUUUUGAAAAUUUCUUCAUAAAAAAACCUGUCUUUGCAAAAUGGGUCUCGAUCCUCAUCUGGUCCCUUCUGUUCCUCAUCUCCCUGCCAAAUAUGAUCUUGAGCAACAAAGAAGCAACACCAUCAUCCGUGAGAAAGUGCGCCUCUUUAAAGGGUCCUCUGGGGCUGAAAUGGCAUCAAAUAGUAAAUAGCAUAUGCCAGUUUAUUUUCUGGGCUGUUUUUGCCCUAAUGCUUCUGUUUUAUGUGGUGAUUGCAAAAAAAGUAUACAAUUCAUACAGAAAGUGCAAAAGUAAGGACAGCAAAAACAACAAAAAGCUGAAAGGCAAGGUAUUUGUUGUUGUGGCUGUCUUCUUUAUAUGUUUUGCUCCGUUUCAUUUUGCCAGAGUUCCAUAUACUCAGAGUCAAACCAACAGUAAGACUGACUGUACACUGCAAAAUCAACUGUUUAUUGCUAAAGAAACAACUCUCUUUUUGGCAGCAACUAACAUUUGUAUGGAUCCCUUAAUAUAUAUAUUCUUAUGUAAAAAAUUCACAGAAAAGCUACCAUGCUUGAGAGGGAGAAAGACCACAGCAUCAGGCCAUGAAAAUCAUAGCAGUCAGACAGACAAUAUAACCCUAGGCUGACAAUGUUCCACAUGAUUAACUUCUAUUUAUUGAUGGGACUUCAAAGGGUAAUUUAUUUGGAAAGAAAAUGUAAGCAAUAAAAAAAGAAUUGAGACAAAUGCUCCCUUACAUUUUAUUAUCCUGGUGUCCAGAAAAGAUUAUAUAAAUUUUAACUCUACAUCAAUCUAUUCACAAGCAGAAUGAACUAUCAUUAAGAGAAUGC